AUGGCCAUGCUAACAUAUCUGGGGAAAGGAGCAAUGCGAUCUGCAAAGGCAAAGGUCAAGACAGCCAGUGAGCUAAAAAGCUCCAUAAACAAAGGCUGCAACCCUUUGUCACCAGCGGAGAUUUUAGAUUCUAUUGCUCAAACAGCCCCAGAAGAGCAGACAAAUGAUGCUCUUAACAGUAUUGAGAAUUCCAUUUACAGAACAGCUUUCAAAUUACGAUCUGUGCAAACUCUGUGUCAAUUGGACUUGAUCGACAGCUCCCUAGUCCAUCACCUCCUACGACACCAACGCUUCUGGGAACUGAGAGAGAGCGUCCUCUCUGUGCAGCAACUUUUCCAGACUCUCCAGGAGCUAUUUGAGAGAGUCCGAGUGGAAAAACCAGGACAGAUGCAUCCCAGAUCUUCAGAACUCACUUUGAGCCUUCUUAUGGCCAUGUAUGACAGCACCGGGACGGGUUUUCUCAAGCUGACGUCUGCAGCUGCUGCCCUCAUUGCGCUCUCUGGGGACAGUCCUCUAACCAAAUACAGAGCUCUUUUUCAGCUCUAUGCAGAAAACAACAGGGGCCGUUAUGAAUCUGAGCCACGCAUGACACGAAGGAUUCUGAGGAACCUGCUAACUGAUCUUCAUCAGAUCCCAACUGUGGUGGGGGAGAGCCGUGCUCUGUGCUCUGUGGAAAGCGCUACACGCAGCUGCUUUCAGGGGGUGCUGAGCCCAACGAUCAAAGAGGAGAAAUUCUUAAGCUGGCUGCAGUCUGAGCCACCCAUCCUGCUGUGGCUGCCCACCGCCUACCGGCUAUCCAUCACGGAGGCGGUCACUCACCCGGUUCGGUGCAGCCUCUGCAGCAACUUCCCCAUCACAGGACUGAGAUAUCGCUGUCUGAAGUGCCUCAACUUUGACAUCUGCCAGAUGUGCUUCUUGUCUGGUGUUCACAGCAAGUCCCACCAGAAGUCGCAUCCCGUGAUUGAGCACUGCGUCCAGAUUUCAGCCAAGGAGAACACAAAACUCCUGCUUAGGACGCUUCGAAACAACCUGCUCCAAGGACGCUGCAGGAGAAAGGAAGCAGAGAGGAGGCAGCGGCUGCUGGCCCAGGUGGAGCCCGAGGGCGUGGCUCACCAUGCACAGGCCAGAUUAUUUAAAAGACAGUUAAACCGAUGCAAAGACAAAUUGCAAGCACUGUACACCUCCCAGGAAGAAAAAAGUUGCAUAUUUGAAACAAAGAUUCACCAGCUCACAACCAACCAGGAAAGCCUUUGGGCCAGGAUUCAGCAGAUGGGACAGGACCUCCAGGCAGUGUUGUUGCAGCCACUUCCUCCUUCAUCUUCUUCCUGUCAGAACACAGCUUUGAAGAGUGAGCAUUCUUUGGCUGAACGGUUUUGGAGGAAAGAUGAUCUUUCCCAGGUUAAGAGCAAUGCUGAGGAGGGCUCAGGAGGGAAUCCUGUUCUUAAUGCCUCUGUAGUUGGUGGAAAUGACCAACAUCAGACUAAUACAGAAAGAGCUCCACUGAACCCAGAAUCAUCACAAGGCAGUUUGCAGGAAAGGUCAAGGCCAAGCAGCAGAAAACAAAGCCAUGCCCACAAGACGCAGAAGGAAACCUUUCUGGGUACUCAGGAGAGAUCACUGCGGGACAUCCCCCCGGUUGUCCCUGCUGCAAUGAGCAGUUCUGCUCUGGCAUCUGCUGAAAGAAGGAAGACUGCUAAUACUGAAGAGAGGGAGGAUGAGUUGGGGGAAGAAGACUUGCAAGAAUUCCUGUCAAAAUGUAUGGACGCUUUCACUCUUAAAAUGACAUCAGGUUCCCAGGCUUCGGUAAACACGGACCUGUACUUUGGAGCUGAGAAGGUGGGCAGGGCUUUCUCUGCCCUGAUUGAUCAAAUCACCUUACCCAGCCUGAAGUGA